AUGGAUCCAAGCCCCUCAUGUCCAUUCUGCAAGAUCGCGUCCUCAUACCCCUCAAUCCCAUUCAAUGACCCGGACAUCAAUCCCACAUCCUUAGACCCUGAUGCUAGACCAUUGUCCCACCUCAUCCUGUCCACCGACCAUGUUCUCGCUUUCUUGGACAUCAUGCCGCUUACCCGCGGACAUGUCCUCGUGGCCCCGAGGAAGCAUUACAACACCGUAGGCGACAUGGGCGUUCAAGCCGGACAAGAGAUCGGCAAAUGGCUCCCAAUUCUGUCGAGGGUUGUCAUGAAAACCGUCUUCGGGGACGAUCCAGACAGACACUGGAAUGUGGUCCAGAACAACGGUGAAAGAGCUGCGCAGGUCGUGCCUCACGUUCAUUUCCACAUUAUCCCCCGCCCUGCUACUGGGGCUAAUCAGAGAUCGAGUUUCGCUAUGUUCGGCCGGGGCCAGAGGGAGGAACUCGAUGAUGAUGAGGCGGAGAUUUUGGCUCGGGAUGUGAGACUUGAGCUCAUUGAGGAGGUCAAGCGAAUCCAGAGGGAUGAAGGUGUGGACUUGGCUGCAUUGGCUUCUGAUGCGAGUCAGCGGGGGAAGUUGUAA